CGUGCGGAGCGGGUGAGGCCCCGGGGAGGGGCGGGAGGAGGCCGAGGCACUUAUAAAUGGCGCCCAAGCAGGACCCCAAGCCCAAAUUCCAGGAGGGUGAACGAGUGCUUUGUUUUCAUGGACCUCUCCUUUAUGAAGCAAAGUGUGUAAAGGUUGCCAUAAAGGACAAGCAAGUGAAAUACUUUAUCCAUUACAGUGGUUGGAAUAAAAAACAGAAAUCAGAGCUCUUCUUCUUACACUGGGAUGAAUGGGUUCCAGAAAGCAGAGUGCUCAAGUACGUGGAUACCAAUCUGCAGAAACAAAAAGAACUUCAAAAGGCCAAUCAGGAACAAUAUGCAGAGGGGAAGAUGAGAGGUGCUGCUCCAGGCAAGAAGACUUCUGGUCUGCAGCAGAAAAAUGUUGAAGUAUUUUUCAGACGAGAUGGAGCGCACACAGUUUGCUGUUUGGAGACCCCUACCAUAUCGACGCGGAAAACAAAAAAGAACAAACAGAAAACUCCAGGAAUUGGGGAGGGGAGCAGUACCAGUGAGACUCCUCAGCCUCCCAGAAAGAAGAGGGCUCGAGUAGAUCCAACGGUUGAAAGUGAAGAAACAUUUAUGAACAGAGUUGAAGUAAAGGUGAAAAUCCCAGAAGAGCUGAAGCCAUGGCUGGUAGAUGACUGGGACUUGAUCACCAGGCAAAAGCAGCUCUUCUAUCUUCCUGCCAAGAAAAAUGUUGACUCCAUUUUAGAGGAUUAUGCAAACUACAAAAAAUCACGAGGAAAUACUGAUAACAAGGAGUAUGCAGUCAAUGAAGUUGUGGCUGGAAUUAAAGAAUACUUCAAUGUCAUGCUGGGAACUCAACUACUCUACAAGUUUGAGAGGCCUCAAUAUGCUGAAAUCUUAGCAGAUCACCCAGAUGCUCCAAUGUCCCAAGUUUAUGGUGCCCCACACCUCCUGAGGUUAUUUGUGCGCAUCGGGGCCAUGCUGGCCUACACCCCUCUGGAUGAGAAGAGCCUGGCUUUGCUGUUAAACUAUUUGCAUGACUUCUUAAAGUAUUUAGCAAAGAACUCCUCUGCAUUGUUCAGUGCCAGUGACUAUGAAGUGGCCCCCCCUGAGUAUCACCGGAAGGCGGUGUGAGGUGCUGCUUUACCUGGUGACUGGGGCUUGUGAUGCUGUCUUCUUCUACACCUUGUUCUUCACCUUUCUAUUGCACAUGUCUCUAUUGCACAAAUGAUGUAAACAUAAAGUGAAUAAAGUUGUGUGUUUAAAAUAGAACUGGCAUUUGUAAGUUCUGAAGAUUUUCUUGUCCUGAAAUGGAAGCUUGGAGUCUCUGGGAGCUCUCUGGUGUUUCUGGCUUGCUACUGUUGUUUCAUCAGUGGAAUGUAAGAAGAAUGCAUGAUGGUGUUUCAGUGUAUGGCCUCUGCAGUGCUCAUGGGUCUGUUCUGACAUGAAGAUUUGCCUCACUAACCUGCUUCAUUGUGUAGUAAUGACAAACACAGACUCUCAGGCCCGUGAGGGCUGUGAUCACCUAGUGCUGGUGCAAUUGAUUAGUCUGACUUGCAAACUCGUGUACAUUCUUGGUGUUGGAAGUAAAAUGUUUGGUCCAUAAGUGUAUGCUUUUGUUUAGAUAGUUGAAGGACUGACUUUUUAAAAAUUCUAACAAUAGGAAAAUGCAUUAUCAUAUAGUGUCUUGGAAAUGUUGGUCUGUCACACCUGUUUUACAAACCUUCCAAUAAACUUUUUUAAUUUCA